CAUCCCGCUGGCUGAGGUGUACUUGCACCUCUCUUUGUUUGCCUAAUGCACCUAUAUGCCUAACCGGGUUUAUCUAUCCUGUGAUCUGUCACCGUCUCUGUAAUUGCCUUCGCACACAUCUCUCUGUAUGCAGAAGAAUGAUUGCAUCCUUAUCGAAAGGAAAUCUACUAGACGUGCUUCAGGAGGGUUUCAGUGAGCCACAAGUGGCGACAUAUGUGUCCUGGGUGAAUGCACAGCUGCGGAAGAAGCCUGGAGUAAAGCCUGUCCACGACCUCCGGCAAGACCUCAGAGAUGGCGUGGUGCUGGCACACCUCAUUGAGAUUGUGGCCGGUGAGCUCCUCGACGGCAUUCAUUACGCCCCCCUGGACGCCCAGGAGAAGAGGCAGAAUGUGGAGAAGGUCCUCCAGUUCAUGUCCUCCAAGAGGAUACGCAUGCCGCAGACCUCCGCUCGAGAUAUCGUGGACGGGAAUCUCAAGUCUGCCAUGCGGCUGAUCCUGGCCUUGGCAGCCCACUUUAAGCCCUCCGCCUCGGCCAGUCACAGGGCGGGCGGCACGACGGGCCGGGGCACGGCCGGGUCAUCGCCCAAUCACAGGCCUCACUCCACUAUGGCCAUGGCACAGAAUGCCGUGGCGGCGCUGGCGGUGGCCCGGCAGGACGCCUCUCGCUCCGGCCGCUCUCUGCUUCACCUGAGACAGGAGUGGAACAGCCAAGGCAACAUGGUUUACAAAGAGAUUGAUUCCCCAUGCUGGAGUGUGCGGGCUCUGGUGCAGCAGUAUGAGGGGCAGAAAGAGGGCCCAGACGAGGACUCGGACACGAGGUCACCCAGUCUCAGGUCACCCAGCCCUACACAGACUAUUAAAGCACCUAACAGUGUUUCAGAAGACCAGAGAGGAGGUGUUAAAAGCCAAGCAGUGGAAACCAUUAAAUCAGAUGACAUGGUGAGGUCAUCAGUGUGCGACGAGUUGUCUGGCUCCAGGCCUGAUGGGUCCGCUGGGAGUUGUGUAUGGGAGGAGCAGCUGUGUGAGCAGCAGGAGCAGCUGGAGAAGGAGAUGCAGGAGGCUCGGAGGAUGGUGUCCAGCCUACAGGCGCUGCUCCUCCAUGGGUCGUUGCCAGAAGACGAGCAGGACGUGUCUCUGGGCUUUGCGGAGGGAGUGGACAAUGCAGAGCAACAGCUGAUCAUAAUCCGGAGUCGUCUGGACCAAAGCAUGGAGGAGGCUCAGGAUCUGAAGCGGGAGCUAUCCAAGUUCAAACAAGAGGCACGAAAUCUGCUCGGUGUCAAGGAUGCCUUGCAGCAGAGAAUGGCAGUACAGGAAGCGUCUGUCUUACAGCUGAAACAAGAACUUCUAAGGACUACCAUGGCCAGAGAUGAACUGACUGGUCAGAAUGUGGAGUUGCAGCGAAAGCUGGAGGAACGAAACAAACUACUCAGCGAUUACAAGAAAGAGCUGGGGCAGAAAGACAGGCUGCUACAGCAGCAGCAGACCAAGCUGGACGACUCCCUGCGGAAACUCUCAGACAGCAGCCACCAGCAGACAAGCCUGCAGAGGGAGCUGGAGCGCAAGGAGCGUAUGCUGAAGGAGCUGAUGAACAAUCAUGAUCCAGAGGAGGUCCCUGUUGCCUACAAUAAUGGAUACGCAGAGACGUCCACGCCCCAGACACACAAAGGGGCAGAGGAGCUGCAUCUGGUGCGGGAUGCGCUGCGCAGCCUGAGGAGCAGCUUCAGCCACCACGACCCCCAGCAGCACACGCUAGACACGCUGGAGCAGGGCGUGGCCAGCCUCAUGGACCGCCUCCACGCCACCGAGCCCGGCCGCCCCCCACACGAGCGCAGGGUCAGGGGGAAAUCACCAGGACGUAAAGCUGCCCCCACAGACCAUGACGCCUGGCCAUCUGGUUCUAGUAAAAGCUCCUUGGGCCUCGGACUGUAUCAUACUCACACCGGUUGACAGACACCACCAGCAGGAUAGACAGAUGGAGACAGAGACUACUCAGGGGCCCCAAAGCUGAGCUGAGGACCUCCGGUCAGGCAAGAGAAGAUGGUGAAAACGUUUUUGGGGGCCCAGGAGAACGUUUGUGCAGGGAGUCCAGGAACCCCACCCUCCCCCAUCCCCUUCCCUUGCCACUGCUGGCCAACAGUGUCCAAGUGUCUGUGAUCUGGACUUGGAAGAAUACUUCAAAAUGAAGGAAGAUUGAUGAUGGCGUUAUUAACCUGUCUUCAUGUCAGUGAAGCAGAUAGUGGUUGUCAGUUCUGUCCAUGACAGACACGUUGUUGACUGACUCAAGUCUGACCACACUGCUAAGCCAACCUUGUGACUCCUUUGCAUGAGGUUAUGAGUAGAAAAUUACAUCAUUUUCACUUUGUUCAAUUAUCCCUUGAAGUAUUACCAUGGUCAUAGCUUCAUUUUUGAGUGCCAAUUGCAUUUUCACACUUACCCUUUUCAUACCAGGGAAGUUCCUGGGUGGAUGAACAAGGGCAGUGUUUCGUGGCCAGGUCACAGACCUACAGUACAGUACAUAAUGAAUGUCCUGUGUUAUUUGUUGAAUCGACAGACAUGUCUACCUGUCUCUCCUUCAUACAAACAUGUACUGUACAAUCACAAAAUGGUGGAUGUUGUAAGAACUAGCUACCUACUGGAGCAUACAGUACCUAAAACUGUGUGUAACUGUUACUUUUCUGAAGUAAUGUUUACAUGCUCUUGGUUGACUUUAUAAGGGUAGUGAAAAUGCAAAUGAAGUGUCAUGCAGCAGUCACUGAUAAGCAAACUGGGUUCAUAUUGGUAUCAUUCACAGGACCCUAGAUAUUGAACGUGAGAAUGACCACAAGAAAUCCAAUCCAAAUCUCUCACUCUGGACUGAAAAUGAGCAGUGUGGAGAUGACUUUGGAAACACAUCUGUUAUAAUCAUGCGAACAGAUUCCUCUACAGAGCUUGGGUCCCCCCUGGGAUGCAAAGUGUUGGUGUGGAAACGCCUAUUUAAACAUUUCUGAUUGUUAUUCUCAGUACGUGUCCUGUUUAAUCUGCACUCCUAGGAAAAAAGGUUCUGUAUUCAGUUCUGUAUUCAAACAUAGUGCAGGAACCAUUUAGGGAACUCGGGAUUUUUUUCAGGAAAAUUAACAUUUAUUCUUUUCAGUGCAGAAUCCAUUUAAAUCAAUUAUGUUUUCUUUGUUAUGUUCCUACAUUGUGUAUCAUGCCACCCAUGUAAUUAUUGUCACUAACUGAUGUGUGAUACAUCAUCAAUGUUAUUGUACUGAUGCUAUUUGUAGGUUAAAGGUUAAAUAAUACUAAGUAAGAUUCAAGCUCAAAAUCAUUAUUUCUGGGGUUUUUUUUGGUACAGUUAAUUAUGAUUUUGCUCAACACGAUUUCAUGCAGUCCUACAGUAGUUCUAAGCUCUUUAUUUUCCAGUUCUUUGAAUGGUUCCAAGUGCAUUAUGUGCUCACAGGCCUAGUUUAGACUAAAUAGUAAACUUAAUAUUAGCAUCUAAUCAAAGCAGGAAAUGUAGGCAGCCAUUUUCUGGUCUUGGCAACAUGUCACCCAGGGUUUCUCUGGAAAUAUGAAACCCUUGUUCUGGAUUGGCUAUGGAUGUUCCUGAGGUCCUCUAGUGCUUCUCAACUGCUAGGGGUAUGAGGAAUCUUUAUUCUUCUCAUUGUGUUUCGUAUACAACCCUCUGCCUUUCCAGAACCAAGAAAGAACCUAGUCUAGAAUGACUCUCUUUUGAAUUGCACUGUUAAUGCCCAUCCUUAAACACAGAAUUCUCUGUCUCUGUGUGGAGGAGUUUGGGAAAGCAAAUAUUGAGGAAUGUUCUCAUCAAGAGUUGUGUUCUGAUGUUCAUUAUGUGUUUUGUUACUCUGAUCAUGUUAUUGUUGCACAGAAAACUAUGUUGUUUUUAUAGGCCAAGUUAAAAAAAGGAUUACUUGAGCUUGAGGCUUUGUACAUUAGCUUUUGUAAACAGUUUCACUUUAUCACUGCAGUUGGACAUUUUCAAAGAAAAUGGAUGGUUUUCAUUGAGAUUGUUAAAUUUGUGUAUAUUCUUGAUUCACAUUUAAUACAUUUGAAUAUAAUAAAGUUACAUCUUUUACAGA